AUGCUUCGCAGGAAACAUGAGUCCGAAGUCAGCGACGCCUGCUGCAACAAGCGAGAACGGCUCGCCGAAAUUGAGGUCGAAAGCAAGCCUACACACACGCCACAUGUGCUGCGAGAUCCAUUGCUCGCCUAUCCUCGUUCGGCAUAUGAUUUCUUCGAGCGCUCCAAGUCGACUGUAUCUGAGCCGUCUGCUCUUACCGAUCUGAUAAAUAGGUAUCUACAACCCAAUGCGAGCCCUGAGUACAUCACUAUCGAUCUUGAUGUAUUCACCAUCUACCAGUCUACGAAGUCAAGACAGCCGCAGCAAUUGACGUCGCUGGAUCGACUCACAUUCGACGGCUUUCCCUCAUUUUGCUUCGAUGGCUAUCUCAUCGUAGGCGAGACCCGCCAUUGGGUUCAAAAUGUGCAAUUCAACAUUAUGACCCUCGACGGCUAUGGUGAUCGGGAUGCGACCGCUUUCAUGAGAGAUCACAUCUAUGUACAGUCCAUCGCCGCAUCGCAGUUGCGCAAAAAUGGCGGCCACGAUGUCUACUAUCGACUUCGUGAACCUUCGCCUGAGUACGCACGCUUCUAUAUACCAUUCCUCUGGAUAGUCACCUUCACUAAGCAUUUUAUCGAAUUUCUGAUUUACCAAGAGCAGGAUGUCCGCCUCGAAGACUUCCGGCAGGGGUUUUCGGUUUGGCUGCAGAGGACCUAUUCUACCGAAGAAUUGCACUCUUGGCAGAUGCAGUACAGCGGCCAGGACUUUCGCCGUCAUGUCAAUGCCCACGUUGAAUUUCUUUGGAAAGAGUGUUACGGCCUUGUCAAAGGCGAUCCGAGCUUGGGUCUGCUCGAUCACCCUCUGUGGGCUUUGGUUGGCCCGAAAGAGCUUGAUGCUAUUCCAGCACAACCCAUCGUUGAAACAGUGACGAUCGUCACGCCAUUUGCCGCACAAUGUUUCUCCACCUCUUAUUUUAGCAAGAUCCUUGAGGUACGUCAGAUCGAGGAUCCGAAGCUCGCAGCAAGAGUUGAGCUUCGCAAGAGCAAGCUCGGCCUGACGCCAGGGACAUUUCACAACGACGCCAACGAUGAUUCUCGGGGUAAUGCUGGAGCUAGCCACUGCCCGAUCCCUCUGCUGCAGAAAGCGGAUCACGUUGUCAAAGGCGACGUAGUGGCGCUUCGACCAGAGGAUUCCGGGUCCUGGAAGUCUACAGUCCCAGUAUGGUAUGCGUACGUACAGGACAUCCGAGAACAUCGACUCGAUAUUCUCUGGCUGUAUCAGCCUUCGGACACGACGCUGGGCAAUGCACGCUAUCCAUUCCCGAAUGAACUGUUCAUGUCUGAUAAUUGUGGUUGCGACCGCAGUUCGACCCGAGACAGCAUUGAUAUCGAUCAAGUACUCGGUAUCGCACACAUCUCCUGGUUCCCCGAUUUUCCAGCGGAGACGGAUGGCUUGUUCAUCCGGCGGAAAUAUCGCACUCAAAGUCACGACUUUGUGAUGCUGCACGAGGGCCCUUAUCAAUGCGAUUGUGGGAGGCAGACAGCGCUUGAACGAUGUCGGAGCGAAUUUGCAAUAGGCGACACGGUACUGAUCAGCUCACCAUUUUCUUCCCGGCUGGAAUGUGCUCAGAUACUAGGCUUCGACGAAAACGAAGAAUCUCCUUCAGGACAAGUCCUUUACAGGAUAUUUGGUCGCCGUCAAGAACGCAAUUCCACAGCGCGCCCAAACGAUGUCGUUCCAGAGCACAAUGUCCUGCGUUGCUCGCCUAACAGAAUCGAACGCAAAUGUCAUAUUCGAACAUUUGACAAAGUCGUUCCAUCACCUUAUAAUCGCGACGGGACCGGUGAUCUAUUCUAUGUACUGAAGGACAACUCAAAGCCUGAUUUGCCGCCCUGGAAAGAGGGCUGGGAUCCAACGGCACUAGCGACAUACCCUCCUCUCACAGGUUUAGGUCUUUUUGUUGGCGGUGGGGGACUCGACCGAGGUUUAGAGGAUGGCGGUGCUGUUGCUUUCAGUCACGCAGUCGAAUGGGGGCCAAACGCACUUCACACGUAUCUCGCAAAUGCUCGACACCCGGUUGAGUGUUUUUUAGGCUCUGUGAACGACUAUCUAGCGCAGGCUUUGAAGGGCGGAUCAAUGUCAUCCUUGAUCGCCUCACCGGGGGAAAUUGACGUCAUUGGGGCCGGUAGUCCAUGUCAAGCAUUCUCACGCAUGCAGCUUAAUCCAUACAACAUGCAGAGCAUCCGAAAUGCAUCUAUGGUUGCUUCGCUGAUCUCGUUUGCAGAUCUCUACGCCCCUGAAUAUCUCAUCCUCGAAAACGUCCUCGGGAUGUGUAGUAGUACUGGACCUGCACAAGGUCUGCUGCAGCAGAUUAUGGCUGGUCUUGUCGGACUCGGAUAUCAACUCCAGACCUUUCUUGGAGAUGCGUGGUCUUGCGGAUCGAGCCAGGGGCGCUCUCGUGUCUUUGUAGUCGCAUCUGCUCCAGGCCUCACUCCCUUCGAACCCCUCGCUCGGACGCACAGUCAUCCACGUCUUGAUAGCAAUCGUGCUCAAGCAUUAGGCAAGCUCUCAAAUGGCCUGUCGUUUGGCGAUCGUAUGACAGGGCCGACACCAUUUGAGGGCCACACGGCAGGAGAGGCGGUUGCAGAUUUACCAUUUAUCGGAGAUGGAAUCGUACACAUCUGUCCAGAGUUCCCAGACCACCGAUUAUCUGUAGUCUCUAACGCUCGUCACCGUAAACGCAUUGAAGCCGUCCCUCUCUUUCCUCGCGGCGUCGGCUUACUCUACGCCUACUCGCACGGUUUACUCUCCGGCGAACCCAAAGAUUUCUAUGAGAGAGGCACCGAGUUCCGUCGUGCGAAAAAUAGCAAGAUCUACUCCCGCAUCGAUCCCGAUGGCCAUUUCCCCACCAUUCUUACCGCGUUCUCUGCUACAGAUGCUAUCACCGGUAGGAUCUUGCAUUGGGAUCAGAACCGAAUGCUCACGGUUCAGGAAGCCCGGAGAGCUCAAGGCUGGCCUGACGAGGAGGUGCUGAUUGGUCCACCGGCGAAGCAAUUGCAUAUCGUGGGCAAUUGUGUGGAUCGCAAGGUCUCUCUUGCACUAGGCCGUUGUCUGCAUACUUCGUGGACGAGCUCGUUCAACAGACAAGGCGAGAAAAUUCGUCCAUUAUGA